UGCUGUCGUUGGUUCUUCACUCUCUCCUGGUGUAUCUCCCUCUCCACACGUGCAGACUGCCAGCAGUUGUCAACCUCUCCUCGUCUCAGACGCUGCUUUCCUCGGGACAUCCUGCCACUAACAGCAUUCUUAUAGAGACCAUCUCUGGGUGGAUACCAAUGCUGCGAUUCUUUUUAUUUAUCCUCUCCCUGUCUCCUGGUCUCCUGGCAAACGAUGCAGGAAGAUGCCAAGGCGAAGUCUGCAUGCGAACCAAGUGGCACAAUAUAAGCUGCACGACAGACGACGAUUGCGAUCAACCAUUCACCGUGUGCUACAAACACCAGUGUAGAUGUGAAGCUGGAUUAUUCUACACAACACAUGAUACGUGCACUAGCUCAUGCAGCACAGACGAGUUGCAGAACAACUUUACAGAGUAUCCAGACAGUGGUAUAGGUGGAGACCACCUUGCUAGCUCGGAUGGAGUCAGUCUGCAAGACUGCAAGGACAGGUGCCUGGCUGACAAACGUUGCCUCACCUUUGAUUUCGAAGCCAAUGGAGGUCUCUGUCGGCUUCAUAAUGUCACCGCCUUUGAGUCUCACUCACACUGGCAUCCUAGCACGAGUAAAGGCUGGACCCACUACCAGAGAUCCUGCAAGUCCACUUUUGCCUCACAGGACAACUGGCACAACUUACUGUGCAACAGCAAGAUGGACUGUCCUGGUCCAAACAACGACUGCUUGUCAGGACGAUGCAUGUGUAAUUUCGGCUUCAAGUUCGAUGAAAACCAGAAGGACUGUCGUGUGACAAGGUCAUGUCGAGGCUGGCAGGGAGCGGAAAGCAAGAGUGGUGUGUACCAUAUUCACCUGCCAUACAACAAGGGACAUCGGGUAGUGUGGUGCGACAUGGAGUCUGGCGGCGGCGGUUGGCUGGUGUUCCAGAGACGUCGUGACUUCUCGGUUGACUUCGACCGGAACUGGACAGAGUAUGAGCAAGGUUUUGGUGAUAUACAUGGAGAUUUUUGGCUGGGCUUGUCCACCCUUCACAUAAUGACACGAUGUCAAGAUGUGAGGUUGAGAGUGGACAUCAUGGAUAUAAGGGGUAGGCGUUACUGGGCUGAGUACUCUGUAUUCCAGGUGUUAGGUCCUGACACAAGCUACAGACUUUUCUUGCUCGAGUACUCGGGUGACGCAGGAGAUUGGAUGGCAUCUAACAACGGGAAAGAGUUUGUAACCUAUGACCGGAAUAAGUACGGGUGUGCCAACUGUUUCGACGGCGCCUGGUGGUACCCGAGUGGCUGUGGCGCUACUCACCUCAACGGCGUGUAUGUAUUUGGCAAUCAGUGGAAUAGAAUCUACCCACUGGCGUUGUCGGAGAUGAAGCUGAAGGCAAAGUAACACCAUCUUGUCUCCUGUACUCACUGCUGACACCGCCAGUCACUACAUGUUCCACUGAUGAUGUGAGCUCAGUGUAGAACCUAGUGCAGACUAUUGUACUUUAAUUCUUUACUUUGAUUGUAUUGACUGGUGAUUCUAAUAUACAUGUGUUGUAUUAUUUCUUUCAGAUUUGGAUGUGCUUGGAUAAACUGAGUUGA